AUGACAGAUUCUGCCAAAUUAAAUGAUCUUCCUCAAGGACGUUUGAAAUCUCUGGAACCAUUUAAGCCGCAUGUCAAUGAUGCGCCUCAGUAUCCAACGGUGAUUCAAGGAGCCAAGAACAACAUGCUAAAAUUUAAAAACUGUGUACUGCUGACAAGGGUUGGAAACUUUUACGAGCUCUAUUUCGAACAAGCCGAAGAAUACGCUAAACUGCUGAACUUGAAAUUGGGCCAGAAGAGAACAACCGCUGGUGUCGUUCCAAUGGCAGGCUUCCCUUAUUUCCAACUGGAACGUUUUCUAAAAAUCCUGGUUCAGGACUUAAACAAGUAUGUGGCUAUUAGCGAGGAAUAUCGCAACGAUGAAGCUGAAAAAGCCAAAUCGGGGGGUCUACAAUAUGACCGUAAAGUUGCUCGAAUUGUUACACCCGGGACAUUGAUAGACGAGAAGUUUAUGGAUCCUUCUGAGAACAACUUCCUCCUGUCAGUAUAUAUGGCCCAUACCCUCCCGGAGGAGACGGAAAUACUAUCGCCUGAACAGCACCCUUAUAUCUCGGGAUCUCGAUCUGUCGCACAAAUGCUACCAUCUGCCAUUACCAGGAUUAAUGCCCGGGAGAUAGUUAUCGACCUGAACGUCGAUGAUAAAUUCAAACAAGAGCUUCAAGCAAUUGUUGGGCAAGACCAGAAACACCUUUUAACGUCGUUUCAAUGUCAGGACCAGACGAAGACGCUGUCCGAUUGGAGUUCGGUCUUUGAAUCCCCAAUAACCCCUGAUGCAGCUAGCACGUUUACUACAGAGGAAACAGCUUCAUGUAAUAUAUUGCUGGAAUAUGUCCACUUUCAGACCCGGGGAAUGAAUAUGAAACUCCAGGUGCCACGCCGCAGGCAUCUUGACCAAUCUAUGACUAUUGACCGUAAUAGCUUAAAGGGGCUGGAGAUUUUAGAAACCGCUCGAGAUGGUCUUGGGAAAGGAAGCCUUCUCCAUGCUGUGCGUCGAACGUCAACUAAAAGUGGAGCACGACUGCUUAGAGAUAGAUUGACGUCGCCUUCUGCUUCACUACAUAUUAUAAACGAGCGCCUUGAUUUGGUAUCCAAGUUCCUUGCAGAUGAAGACCUACGACAAAAUAUAACACUCCUCCUUAAACGUAGCUACGACUCUCAACGAUUGGUUCAGCAGUUUUCAUUAGGAAGAGGCGAAGCCGACGAUCUCAUAUGCCUCUCAAAGACAAUCCAAGUGUCGCGAGAUAUAAAAGAUAUUCUGCUACAGAAUAUCGAAAGUUCUGAUCGACCUUCUGACCAAGAAGCCAAUCCUGUGACUCAUAGUUUACGUUCCAUGCUUGAUCGUCUGAACCUCGACGGCCUCGAAACACUUUCAAAGCGAAUACUCGGCGCAAUUGAUGAAGAGGGGCUCCUUCAAAAGCAGCGGAUUGAAGAUGACGCGGCCGCCGAAGCUGCGGCCCUAGCUCAGCAGGUUAUUUUCAAUGAAGGAUCCCCAGAAGAUCUAGAAGCUAUGCCCAAGAAAAUCCAAGGUCAAUGCGGUGCCAAGCAAAAGGAGUCGAACGAGGUUGAACAGUCAGAUGGAGACGUAUGGGUCAUACGCCGCGAUGCGAGCGAGAAGCUGCAAGAGCUGCACGAUAAACUUGAUUAUCUGAACAACGAAAAGUCGGAACUAACACUGAAACUGCAGGAUAUCACAGGAACUGACAAUCUAAGUCUCAAAUGGACUCCUGCACUUGGCCAUAUUGUUCAUGUGAAGGGAGCAAAGGCAUCCCAACAAACAGUCGAAGCCUUGAAAGAAUUGCAAUCCGUUUCCUCAUCAAAAUCAACACGUUCCUUUUAUUUAAGUUCUUGGACACAAUUGGGUGCUCGAAUAGGCGAAGCAAAAGAAGAGAUCAAGACCGAACAACAGCGUGUUUUGAGAAACCUCCGUGAAGACGUGAUUUUGAACCUUGUGAAACUGCGGAGAAAUGCCGCUGUAUUGGCCGAACUUGACGUUGCAUGCUCAUUUGCCAAUCUUGCCGAGGAGCAGCGGAUGGUUAGACCGGUUAUCAACAAUGGCACAAGCCACAAAAUCGUGGGCGGAAGACAUCCAACGGUAAAACUUGGAUUGGAGGAACAAGGCCGCCCUUUUGUUAGCAACGACUGCUUUAUCGGAGAACAGGAGCGCAUAUGGCUCAUAACGGGCCCAAACAUGGCCGGCAAAAGUACCUUUUUGCGUCAAAAUGCCCUCAUUACCCUUCUCGCGCAAGUCGGCUCGUUCGUCCCGGCAGAACAUGCAGAGAUAGGUGUUGUGGAUCAGAUAUUCAGCCGUAUUGGUGCUGCGGAUGACCUGUUCCGCAACCAGUCUACCUUCAUGGUAGAGAUGUUGGAAACGGCCGCGAUUUUGAAAAAUGCAACGUCACAUUCCUUUGUCAUCAUGGAUGAAGUUGGGCGGGGGACUACGCCGGAGGACGGAACUGCGGUUGGAUUUGCAUGUCUUCGCCAUCUCCAUAACGUCAAUCAAUGUCGCACGCUAUUUGCAACGCAUUUCUAUGCACUGGCCGACAUGACUGCUGGCUUCGAACGUUUGGCUCGAUACUGCACGGACUUAAAGGAGGACUCGUCGGGGUCGUUUUCGUUCGAUCAUAGAUUGAGAAAGGGCGUGAAUCGCCGAUCCCACGCUUUGAAGAUUGCACGCUUAGCAGGCCUUCCGGAGAGUGUCAUCGAUGUCGCAAAGGACGUGUUGGGUGAAAUUUCCGGCGGAGGAAGCUAUGAGCCUGAAGAGAAUCUAUCUGGUCGCGGUCAAGCUGCCCAACGCGGCUCGUGA